AGAUGGCCGCCGCUACCAUGGCGGGGCUCGACGCCCACAGGAUGGAGAAGAAGAAGUUCGAGUACUUUUCCUCCAUCAACUCCAUGGCCAAGAAGAUCAUGCAGGAGCGGGAGAAAAUCAAAGCGGAGUACGGCUCGUCCUGGGAGAAAAUGAGCCCGCAGGAGCAAGACAGCGCCAUUGAUAACAGCCUGAUGGACCCUCACAUCAGAGCCAGGUACGCCAUGCACAAGGUGGACCGUGAGGAGGUGGUCUGCUACCCGAAGCUGCUCCUCCAGACGGGUCAGAAGAUCGUCCACUUCGGCGAAGAGGAUAUCACAUGGCAAGAUGAGCACUCUGCCCCUUUCUCAUGGGAGACAAAGAGUCAGCUGGAGUUCAGUGUGACUUCAGGCUCGGCAGAUCAGGUGACGUCUGCCUCACAGGCCGACUCAAAAAACCCAAAACUUCCUCAUUCCGGUCAGCCUGGAAAGAGCGGAGGAGGAGUGAAGGUUCCUGUCAGCGAGCCGCGGCGGCCAGAGGAGGAGUCUUCCUUCUGGAAGAUCAGUGCUGAGAGGUCCAGGCUGGAGGGGGAGAAAGCUGAUUUCCAGUCCCUGACCCCGAGUCAGAUCAAGUCCCUGGAGAAAGGAGAGAAGCCCCUCCCCUCCUACCUCAGACAGGAGAGCUCUUCCAUCCCCAAGGAGCCUGAAGCUGCAGAGUCCCACCCUCCAGCUCCUGCCAAGUCCAUCAAGCAUAGAGCCCCCAAGCCUCCGGCCCCCCAGCCGCCCGUCCCCGUGGCUGUCAGUGCAACACCGGCGUCCAUCUCCAUCGCGCCCACACCGGCGCCGGCCAUCGGUGGCUCCUCGUCGGUGGCGGGCUGGGAGAGGUCUCAGAGCACCCUGCCGUCUGUCAGCAACACCCCCGAUGAAAUCUUUUCAUCUCAUCCGAUACCGAAGCCGUCCAAGUCCUCCGCGGCGGCAGAGAAGGAGAAGCCGGUGGAAGGUUCUCCCCCAUUGGACGUGAGCCCCACCUUUUCCCAGUUUAACACCAGCAGCAACAUCCUGAAGACUGGGUUCGACUUCUUGGACAACUGGUAAAAAGCCGCAGCGGAGAAGACGCCCCCCCCCCCCCCCCCGUCCCCCCCCAUCGUCACGUAGAGACGGACCGCACUGCCAGGACUACAGACAUCCACCUCUAGAUCUAAGAGACAUGCUCCUUUAAAACAACGUCUACGUCAUUGUUCUUGUUAUCAUCCUCUGUGGCUAUUUAAGACAUUAUCUCACUGCCUGUGUACUUUCGGUUUUUUUUAACCUUUUCUUUCACAUUUGAGCAUCUGUGCUUGUUUUCGUCUUGCUAUGUUACAAGUCUGGAUGCAUGACUACUAAACUGCUUACAGACAGAAAACACUAAAAGCAUGGCAUAAUUUAAUCCUAGACUAUCAACUACAAUUUAGUUUUCAUUGUGAUUUCUGAUUUUACUCUUAAGUGCUUUUAUUUCUAACUGUACAUGUUCCUGAUGUGUUAACCUUUUUAAGUUUUAGCGUUACAGCUGUGCUCAGUGCUGCAGGUCUGCCAGGAGUUAUGUACAGUUAUCCACAGACAUCCAAACAUAGAAGAAAUCCAGUUAUUUUUAAGGAUUUUGAGGAAAUUUACAGUAGAUUUAGUUUAAAAUGUAUUCUAAACUUAUUCCAGUAGGAUUGCAUCAGUUAUUGUUGCUCUAAAAAAACAGGAUAGAAAAGCUCAAAUCGUCUUAAUGGAUUGAAUCCUCAAACUUUAAUGGAGGCCAGCUCCGUGCGUGGAUUCAGCUCCGUGCCAACACUUCCUCACCACAUCACUCUAUCGGAGCUGUGUCCUCAUUAGAGAUCGGCCGAUAUAUAUCGGCCGAUAUUUGCGUUUUUGUCCUGUAUCGUAUCAGCCGCUACGCUACCGAUUAGCUGCCGUAUUCAGCAGCCAUGCCUUGAGAUCGCGUGAAGCGCACACAUCGCCACUCCUUCCCUGGCAGAGAGCGGCUGGUAAUGUAAGACCGGGUGCCAACAACAAGGGUAGGUUUACAACUUUUAAUGUAGUUUUAAUUAUCUAAUUUAGCUUCUCACUAUGAGUGGGAGGGAACGGUGGUGUUUCUGUAUCUAAAAAUCCACGAGCCGCCACUGCUGAGCGUGUUUUUGUUCCCGCAGUGAAUUAUGUAUCCACAAAAAAGUAAUUACCAAUCACCACAGCAUCUAAAUUUACAUAAAUAAUGUCCAUACACUGCAAUGGUGGUCAUUAUUGUUGUUUUUCUUCUUCUCCCCAUUGAACUAAAAGCUGACAAAACAAAGCGCUGUUUAAAAGGUACACAGAAAAAACUCACGUCAUGACUCUUAUGGCGGCGGUCAGAAGCUGAUUGUUAAUAUCAGCUGGUUUAAAAUCAAGCUUUGAGACUUGUGUAGCGUUUAUCGUUGUCGUUUUUAUCAUAUAAAUGGAGGAAGAAAGAAUAUCAGCCUGAAGAAUGGGCCCCUGAAAAUCGGCAGCAGACGUCUGGUGUCGGUUAGACUGAUGUCAGAAUAAUCGGUAUCGGCCUUAAAAACCUGGAUAUUGAUGGACAAUGAAACAUUUUCAUGCUGGUAAACAAACACAGAUGCAGUGACUUUGUAGUGUUUGUCAGACACUAAAUAUCUAGAGUACUAUUUUACUUAGUUUUAUAUUUAUCUGCUACUUUUAUCCUCGGCUUUAUGUGUACAGCGAGCUCACCUUGUGAGGUAAGAGAUUGAAAUAAAUUAAUGAAAUCUAAA